AGGAGGCUCCAGACCGGCCCCGUUUUCCACCCUGACUCCACUCCAGCCCUACAUCGCCAUGUGCCACACCAGCGGCUCCACUGGCUGCCAGCCGGCCUGCCGUGUGCCCAGCUCCUGCCAGGCGUCCUGCUACGUGCCCAGCUCCUGCCAGGCGUCCUGCUACGUGCCCAGCUCCUGCCAGGCGUCCUGCUAUGUGCCCAGCUCCUGCCAGGCGUCUUGCCGCGUGCCCGUGAGCUGCAAGCCUGUUGUGUACCUGCCUGUGAGCUGCAAGCCCAUUGUGUGUGUGACCCCCUCCUGCCAGUCCUCCGGGUGCUGCCGGCCCUCCUGCCCCACCCUGGUCCUCAGGCCUGUUCCUUGCGGCACCCCUAACUGUGGCUAGCCCGUGGCCUCCUAGGACCCCUCCUCCGUGGGGCCAGAAGUAGCUGCUGUCUGAACUCCCGGCAGGCAGACCUCGUCCGCCUGAGACCUUCUGGACCUGACUAGACCAUCUUACAGCAAAGCCGCCUGAUCCCCACUAACCAGGCGGACAGAGUCACCCCCGGCGUCCCCCGACCCCAGCCCGGGUCGUCCACACGGCACCCACCCUGGCUGGUGCAAGCGCCCAGGCUCUGCAGCCGCCAGCACUGAGCUCUAAUAAAUCCCAGAGCGCAUGUGAAGCCCA